AUGACUUCACUCCUCCAUGCCCUCGCGCCAUGCAUCCCUACCGUCCGCGACGAGCCCCGUCCAGCGCCGAUCUCAACCUCCCUGCAACUUCCCAACGAACUAUGGGUUGAGAUCUUCGUUAUGCUCGACACGAAUGACCUCCUGCGAGUCUCCGUCGUCAACAGGACGUUCAACGCCCUCGCAAUCCCGCUCUACCUUGGCCGCUUCGGCGUCAAGCAAGCCGCUGUUCGUGUCGGGGAGCUAGACAUCCCCACACACCACCGCCACUUACCUGGCAUCCUCCGACUAGCGUUCUUCCUCCCCCCCAUCACCAGCCUUCGUUGUGCCAUCUCCAUCCAACAACGAUACGACACGUUGCACCACUUCACGUCCUUCUUCGCCAGCUCUCGGCUGUCCCGCGACCACAUAGCCAUCGAGUUCCAUUCCGAGCAUGCCUUCAUGGCACGCGACUCGCGGUUCCGUCUGGUCACCACGGUCACGAUGCAGCGCGCUGUUCGCGACCUCCUCAAUGCAUCGAUGCCCACGAAACGCGCGCUUGUCGUCUUCGGGGAUACCGGGCGGAGUAUGCUACUUGACCCAACUCCGCCUGGUCUGCGCCGUUGGCGCCUGGUCAAGCACCCGCCCAACCCUCCCCAUUCCGGUCUCCGCCCUCGCCUCCGUCACGCUCUUCACAUACGCCGGCCCGCCCUUGAACGCGUUCUGACGCUUUUCGCCUCGUUUACUUCGGAGAAUGGGACGACCACCAGAACAUCGGAGGGAAUCGACGAGUUGUGGUCCGUUGAUGUCACCUACAACCUCGGCGACGGACUUGCCCCAUGGAGCCUCGUUGUGCUGAACGGUUCCCGGAGUCGCACUUUCAGAAUGCCCACCUCUAUCCGCAAUAUCGUAGCGGUCGGCUCUCUUUCGUGGGCGGAUCUUCUCCCGCGUAUGUCUUUCCCGGCACUUAAGGAGCUCCACAUCACCAGUGGUACGCCGUUCAGCAGCACAGACAGCCGGGGCAUACAACUACACGAAGUGUCUGUGGAGGCUUUUGACGAAUUUCUUGUCCGUCAUCCCACAAUCAACAAGCUAGACUAUCUACCUGACUUCGGGGUCUCGCUCGCUGAUUCCCCGGCUCCCGGCUUUGCAUUCGUCACCCUCACGCAUCUCACCACGACUGCCGCCUAUUUCAUCCGCUCGUUUCAGAGCCCAACUUGCCUCCGUUCGCUUGCUGAAUUGCGGCUGCUGGACGACAUUGCACAUCCGGCAAAAACUGAGACGAUGGUGGCGCUAAUGCAUAUCCUUGCCGCAAACAAGCCCGAUGAUGCUUUCCGGAUGAGCCUUCCCGCGUCAUGGCCACCGCUUAUAUUUGCAGCCGACCUGCAGGUCGAUCCGAUAUCGUGUGUUGGCCAACUGCAUCUCUUUGAUGUUCAGCAACCGGAGGAUGUGCCCAUAUUCCUCCGCCAUCUUGUCAACUUUGUCUCGCUCUUCGAGCCCGCAACCCUCCGCGGCGUCGAGUUACAGGCACCGUCUUCGAAUACUACCUCGACGUUUUGCAGAAAUACGGCGGAUACCCUGCGCAUGCGCGCUCCCUGGCUCGAAGACGUUGUCUGCGUGCGAGUCUCUGCUUUGGUAUCGCCCUUCGCGCGAAAGCCGAGCGGGAAACCCGGGGAACAGCGGAAACGGCGGGUGUUCCGGCUGCGCACGCCGAAGCCGGUCGUGUGGAGAUCGGAGCAGUGGGUUCCUGUGGAUGAGGAUGAUAAAGGCACUUAA